CGCCGCAGCGACAAGAUGGCGGCGGGUGGGAGCGGCGGGCGCGCGUCGUGCCCGCCGGGGGUCGGGGUCGGCCCGGGCGCAGGGGGCGGCCCCGGGCCCAGCGCCAACGCCGCCGCCGCCGCCUCCGCCCCGGCCCCCGGCAACGCGGCCGCCGCCGCCGCCGCCGCCGCCGCCGCCGCUCCCCCCGGCCCCGCCGCGCCCGCCCCGCCGGGCCCCGGGACAGACGCGCAGGCCGCGGGCGCGGAGCGGGAGGAGGCGGCGGGCCCGGGGGCGGCGGCGCUGCAGCGCGAGCCCGCGUACAACUGGCAGGCCACCAAGCCCACCGUGCAGGAGCGCUUCGCCUUCCUCUUCAACAACGAGGUGCUGUGCGACGUGCACUUCCUGGUGGGCAAGGGGCUCAGCUCGCAGCGCAUCCCGGCGCACAGGUUUGUGCUGGCCGUGGGCAGCGCCGUCUUCGAUGCCAUGUUCAAUGGGGGGAUGGCCACGACGUCCACGGAGAUAGAGCUGCCUGACGUGGAACCUGCUGCCUUCCUCGCCCUGCUCAAGUUUCUCUACUCGGACGAGGUGCAGAUCGGCCCGGAGACGGUGAUGACCACGCUGUACACCGCCAAGAAGUACGCGGUGCCGGCGCUCGAGGCCCACUGCGUGGAGUUCCUGAAGAAGAACCUGCGAGCAGACAACGCCUUCAUGCUGCUCACGCAGGCUGGAGUGCAAUGGCACCAUCUCGGCUCACUGCAUCCUCCGCCUCCAGGGUUCAAGCGAUUCUCCUGCCUCAGCUUCCUGAGUAGCUGGGACUACAGGCGCCUGCCACCACGUCCAGCUAAAAAAAAAGCGCGACUGUUCGAUGAGCCACAGCUGGCCAGCCUGUGCCUGGAGAACAUCGACAAAAACACUGCGGACGCCAUCACCGCGGAGGGCUUCACCGACAUCGACCUGGACACGCUGGUGGCCGUCCUGGAGCGAGACACGCUGGGCAUCCGUGAAGUGCGGCUGUUCAACGCCGUCGUCCGCUGGUCCGAGGCCGAGUGUCAGCGGCAGCAGCUGCAGGUGACGCCCGAGAACAGACGGAAGGUUCUGGGCAAGGCCCUGGGCCUCAUCCGCUUCCCACUAAUGACCAUCGAGGAGUUCGCUGCAGGCCCUGCACAGUCAGGCAUCUUGGUGGACCGAGAGGUGGUCAGCCUCUUCCUGCACUUCACCGUCAACCCUAAGCCGCGAGUGGAGUUCAUCGACCGGCCCCGCUGCUGCCUGCGCGGGAAGGAAUGCAGCAUCAGCCGCUUCCAGCAGGUGGAGAGUCGCUGGGGCUACAGCGGCACCAGCGACCGAAUCAGGUUCUCAGUCAACAAGCGUAUCUUCGUGGUGGGAUUUGGGCUGUACGGAUCCAUCCAUGGGCCUACGGACUACCAAGUGAACAUCCAGAUCAUCCACACGGACAGCAACACUGUCCUGGGCCAGAAUGACACGGGCUUCAGCUGCGACGGCUCGGCCAGCACCUUCCGUGUCAUGUUCAAGGAGCCGGUGGAAGUGCUGCCCAACGUCAACUACACGGCCUGCGCCACGCUCAAGGGCCCAGACUCCCACUACGGCACCAAAGGCCUGCGCAAGGUGACACACGAGUCGCCCACCACGGGCGCCAAGACCUGCUUCACCUUCUGCUACGCGGCCGGGAACAACAACGGGACGUCUGUGGAGGACGGCCAGAUCCCCGAGGUCAUUUUCUACACCUAGGCCGCCCCACACGGUCCCUCCUCCACGGGGACAGCCUCAGCCCCAGGCUGUGCCGCCCUGCGUGGGGCAGGGCCCCGUGUCCCCCCGGCCACUGUCCACUCCACGCCACCUUUCUCAGCAUGAGGAAGGGGCUUCCCUGUGUUCACCACAAUGAGUGCAGCCGGGGAGGCAGCGGGGCCAGUGGCCAGGCCCUGUGGAGACAAUCCCUCAGGACUGGGGACAGGGCUGUGCCGGCCUGGGCCGGGCCCAUGGGCCCGCAGCUCAGGGCACCUGCCCAAGUCGCCCCAGUGUGCGGCGGGCCUUCCCCAGGAUUCCCUUUGCUGCACAUGACAAUGCACCCCUGCUGGGGCUGGCCUGGGUGGCGCCGCUCCUAGAGCCGCCAGUUCCAGACCUGGCAUUCAUUUUGUUCCUUGGGACACUGGGGCCCCCUGACCCCAGCCUGCAGGGCGAUGCCUGGAGCUGGCCCGAGUUCCGAGCGGCUCAAGGGUAGGGUGGCCCCUGCUGGCUGCGCCCUGGCCCAGGGGGGCAGUAGUUCGAGGCUCCCAUCCUCAUCCACCUGAUGGGCGCAUCCCAGGUCCAACUCUGUCCAGCCUCCCUGGGUGGGACCCAGACCCUGUGCCCCAGAGCUCCCCUGCUACAGGAUGGGGCCCCGGCCGGCCCAAGUGGGUCCAGGGGUACUGCUCACCUGUACAUACCAUUGCCCCAACCUGCCAGGUGCCGUGGGAGCCCCCCAGGUGCUGGGGACACACUCUUCCCGCCCCAGGCCAUGCCCCCACCAACCCCUGCGUGUUUCUGCCCUGUGACUCCUGGAACCUGCCUCCUCCCCAAAGCCAUGGGGGGUGGGUGUCCUCCUCAGACCACGCCCCCAGAUGAUUUUUUUAAAUAAAGAAAUGAACGCACCUG